UGUGGGGUGGCACCUGUCUGUGGGGGACAGGGCUCAGGGAUGCGGGGACACCUGGAUUCCUCUCUUGGGGUGAUUUGGCAGGGACAGGCUGCCAGAGCAGGGGGGGGGUCUCCAUCCUCCUCCGCCACAGGAUGUGGUUGCCCACAGGCCCUACCAAACCCUGGUUGCUUGCAGGACUGGGACACCCCCACGCAGCCAGGGCUGGCCCCACUUCCCAGAUCUGCACUGGCCCCAAGGGACACAUUUCAGCCCAGAGGCUUUGGGGGUCCUGGCUGUCCUCAGCCCAAAGUGAGGGCUGCAGGGGUUGGGUCAGGAUCCAGCCAUACCCUUGCUGGGAGCUGCUUGUGUCAACUUUGGGGCUCUCUGCUCCCCGCCCUGUGCCACAGGGACAGCCCUGGGCUGGGGAGCGCUGUGGGGACGAGGAGAUGAGGCAGCCCCAAGGCCUGGGCACAUAGCCAGGAGAAGCCAGAGGCUUGGCCUGCUCCAGACCCCUCAAGCUGCCUGAGCCCAUUUCCCAUGGGGUGACAUCCAGGGGGAUGCCCUGUGUCCCACACCAGCAGCUCCCUGGGGUGGCCAGCUCCAGUCCCUGCCAUGAGGACCCUCAUGGUGCCUUGAGGUGGUUUCCCACCAUCCCUGUGCCCGGGCUGGGCGUCAGCAUCCCGCCGCGCCCAGGGCUGGCACUUGUCAUACCCCAGCAGCGCCGUGGCCAUUCCGGGUGGUCUGUGGCCAUUCUGCCCGUGGAGGGACAUGGGAGGACAAGUGCCACCACUUGCCCCGGCCAUCCUCGGGGAGCAGUGCCAUGCUGGGGGGGCUGUGUCCUGCGCCUGGGGUCACCGGAGUGCUGGAGGGGCUUGCCUCGGGGCACUGGCUCACCCCAGCACCAUACCCUCUCACCCCGCCGGGGCGAGCCCGUAGUUCCUGCCCCACCGGCAACACACGCCGUAAUUAGCACGGGCAGGGCGGAAGCAUCAAUGAUAAUUGGCGGUGACUCGUUAGCGCUGGAGUGCCCGUGUGCCCGGGGCGCGGCAGGACUUUCCGGCAGGGCUGGUCUGCGGGCCCGGCUGGCAUCCCGGUACACCGGCUGCCGUGCGGGGCCUGGCCAGCUCCCCACUGCCGGAGCGGGGCCGGGGCUGGGCGCGGGGGCGAGCACCGUCAUCACCUUCGCUUCGUGUCGGAGCACGCCCCGGCCCCCCCACCCCCUUGUAAAAGGCACAGCCGCGGUCUGGCGCCGGGGUGCUGCCGGCACAGACGGUGAGAGCUCAGGGACCAGUUGGGCAAAGGAGAGGUAGAGGGCAGGGGAUAAAAGGGGGUGCCAGGAGGAUCUCUUGCCUGGCCAGGCUUUCCCCGCGGGUUUCCUGUAGCACCCACGCGAGGGGACUUGACGAGCGUUGUGCCCUCGCAGGGGUGGGUGCCCGCAGCGCCAUGAACCGGAUCACAGUGUACGAACGUGCCAACUUUGAGGGGCUGAGCCGGGAGUUCACCUGCGACGUGCCCGACCUGCACGAGCUGGAUUUUGGGGACUGCAUCGCCUCCCUGAAGGUGGUGGGGCAACCCUGGAUCGCCUACACGGACCCCAAGUACGAGGGGCAGCCGCAUGCCUUUGAGGAGGGCGAGUACCCCUCAGUGGGGCGGCCCAACAGCUUCUCGGCGCUGCGUCUCGUGCACCAUGACCUGGGGGACCCCCAGAUCACCCUCUACGAGCGCCCUAACUUCCAAGGCGCCUGCAAGGUGGUGACAGAGGAGACCAACUUGGCGUACGGGUACUUCAACGACCGGGUGGCCUCCCACGUGGUGCAGCGAGGUGUUUGGCUGCUCUACCAGCACCCCGACCGGGGCGGUUGGCACUGCCUGGCGUGGCCCGGGGAGCGUCUCGCCGACUACAAACCCGAGCUGAACUUCCACGCUCGGUUGUCCCACCUGCGCCCACUGCGGCCCGGGCAGCCCCUGGUCUCGGCGCGUCUCCUCUGGGAGCAGAAGCGGGUGGAGGCGGAGCGGGAGGUGCUGGUGGAUGAGAUCGAGGGGGUGAAUGAAACAGAGUCAGAGCAGGCACUGGCAGCCAGCAGCAGCCGAGAGUACGGCACCACGCUCUGGCAGAGCUUCCACUUCAGCAACGCCACCAGCCUCAAAGCCGGGCUCUCCUUCACACUGACCGUGGAAGCCUCCAACGUCUUCACGGUGCAGAAAGGACGCAGUGAAUCCAGCACUCGCCGGGAACGUGUGGAGGUGCAGCUGCCGGUGAAGAUCCCCCCACGCACGGCACUCAGCAUCCAGGUCUUGCGGAAGGAGGUGACGCUCUCCGUCCCGGUCCUGCUCACCAUCACUCAGAACGAAGCCGUCCGUACAGAGAUGGGCGAGUACCGCAGCGUCUCGGGUACCAACAUCAGCGCCCGCUAUAGCUUGAAGCCUCUGCCGGCUGCAGGCAGGGAGCAGGCAGCCACUGCGGGGACUGAGCCGGUGCCCAGCACUGGGAAAGAGCUGGAGCUGUAGCUCUGUCCCAGUACCAGGCACCAGCUCGGUUCCCUUAGUGGUGUGGGACCCCCUGACCCUGGAGGAGCCAGGACCAGACUUGCCCAGCCACGUUGGGUGGCUCUGGCUGGCAGGACAUGAUUGUGCCUCCUCCCGCUGGGUGUUGCCAAUAAACCCCCUUCCCCAA